AUGGAUGACACAAGAGACUUGACUUGUUUCUAUGAAGCGCGACUAUCAAAUGUUGAUGUCAUUUUUGGAGCGAAAAUUUAUGUUCUUCUUUUUCCUUAUGAUGAAAAGAAUGAGAAGAAAACUUUGAAGCCCCACUUGAUGAUGUUAGAAUGCCAAGGUCAGAGAAUAGGCGUUGCUCUUGUCUUUAAAUAUGUCAAAUUUGAUCAUACCGUUGAUUUAUCUAAUUAA